AUGGACCCGCCUCUGAGUGAGAACCGGCGCCGACGCGACAGUAUAGGCACGGACACCGGCGCCACAGCCUCAGCGCUAAAAAAGGCCGCGUCGCCGGCGCGCGCGGCGGCCUCCCCGGCCAGGUCUCCGCUGCGGUCGCCGCGCCGCGCGCCGACCGCGGAAGAGGCGGCCGCGGCCGAGCGCGCCGCCCGCCGCGCCUCGGCCGACCGCAGAGCCGCCGCGCGCAAGGCCGCGGAGGACUUUGCGCAGGAAGACCUAGACGAAGCGCCGACGCAACCGACGCGGACGCGCCGCGGCUCCGUCGAAGCCCUAAGGUCGACGGGAAAGGUAGCUGCUCUAUCCCCACGCCUCGCGACGGCGUCGCCGCCGCGGCUGUCGCCGCGCCCCGCGUCGCCGCGGCCUGCGUCUUCUCCGCGCCCGCCGCCCGUGGAGACCACCGAGGAACAACGGGCCGAGGCCCGCCGCAAAUCGGCCGAACGCCGGGCCGCCGCACGGAAGGCGGCCGAAGAGUUCGCCAACGAGGACCUCGACGACGACGCGCCGAAGAAGCCCUCACGCCGCGGCAGCGUGGAAGCUCUACGAGGUGCCGGGAAAGUGGCCGCCCUCUCGCCGCGCCUGGCUACGGCGUCGCCGCCGCGGAUGACGUCGCCGCGGCCGGCGUCGCCCCGACCUACGUCUUCGCCGCGGCCGCCGCCCGUGGAGACCACCGAAGAGCAAGUUGCCGAGGCGCGCCGGAAGUCAACCGAACGGCGUAUCGCGGCACGGAAGGCUGCUGAAGAAUUCGCCAAUGAGGACCUCGACGAAGCGCCGAAGCCUCGGCGGCGACGCGGUAGUGUCGCGGCAUUGCGCGGAACCGGCAUCGUCGCCGCGCGAUCACCGCGGGCGGCGUCGCCGCAGCCCGCGGUGACGCAGUCGCCGCGGCCGGCCUCGCCGCGGCCCGUACCUGCGGAGCCGACCGAGGAGCAACGAGCCGCGGCGGAGAAGGCGCGCGCUGAAGCUAGAAGAAGAUCGGCCGACCGCCGAGCCGCCGCGCAGAAGGCCCACGAGGAGUUUGUGAACGAGGCCGACGAGGACGCGCCGACGCAGCCGCCGCCCUCGCGCCGCCGGCGCGGCUCGGUCGAGAUGCUGCGCGGAACGGGCAUCGUCGCGGCGCGGUCGCCGCGCGUGGCGUCACCCGCGCCUCAGCCGACCCCGAAGGCGCCGACGCCGCCGCCGGUGUGCAAGCCGACGCCGCCGCUGCCGUCGCCCUUCUUCACGGUGUCGAGCCCGGCAGCGCCGCCGGCGCCGUCACCGCCGGCCGCUGCUGCGCCAUCGCCGGCCGCCCCGGAGCCACCGGCCGCCGCCGCGGAGCCGUCGAUGGCGCCACCUCCAGUCGCCGCGCCGUCGCCGGCUCCCACGGAGGAGGAGCCGCUCGAAGAUCACUUGAGCGACCUGCUGGCUUUGCCGCCGGCGCGGCCGAGCGUCGUCGACGCGUCGAGGCGGGAAACGGUCCAGCUGGAAGAUGAUCUUGGUUCUAUGUUGGCGGCGGUCGGGGAGGAGGCGCCGAUGCCCCCGCCGGCCCCGCGGCCGUCCGAGAUCGACGCUUCUCGACGGGAGACCGUGCAGUUAGAAGAUGACCUUGGAUCCAUGCUGGCCGCGGUCGACGAGGCGCCGCCGGCACGACCGUCCGAAGUCGCCUCCUCGCGCCGAGAGACCGUGCAAUUGGAGGCAGACCUCGGUUCGAUGCUCGCUGCGGUGGACGAGGCGCCGCCGGCCGCGCCGCCGGCCGCGCCACCGUCGAAGAAGAAAAAGAAGGAGCAGCGGGGGCUGUUUCAGUCGCCACCAGUACCUUCGUCGCGGAAGAAGGUAGCCGCCCCGCCGCCGCCGCCGCCCGAGCCCGCGCCGAUGGAAGCCGAGCCCACGACCGCGCCGGAGGCCGCCGCGGCACCGCCGGCCGAGCCGUCGGCCAUGCCGCCGCCCGCGCCGGUGCCGCGGCCCGCGGCGCCGCCCGCCGUGGCACCCGCCGCGGCGCCGUCGAAGAAGCGCAAGUCGUUGGAGGCUCUGGGUAGCGGCCACGUCGCCGAGCUGCGGAAACGACACCUCGCGAACGUUGCCGAAGAUGCGGAACGGCACCGUCAGCGGGAAGCCGCGAAGGCGCGAUCGGCUGAAGCGGCCGCCGACGUUGGAGGUCUCGUCGGACUGUUCGAGGGCGCCGUCGAGAAGCAUAAGCGCGAUAAGGCGCGACGACUGUCGACGGUGUCUGAUCUCUCGGCCGCGGCGAAGGCGCGGCGGCGAUCGUCGAUCGUCGGCGGUGGCAUGCGCUGCACCUUUACCAAUGUCUCGCAGUCACCCGCUGUCCUGAUUGUGGCCGUGGAGGCGCCGGCUGGCCUCGUGCUCGAGCACGUCCACCGUUCUCUUGAUGACGAUUCCGAACCGGCCUGGAUUCGCGCCGACGACAAUCGUAUUGAGGUAACGAUCGACGCCCCUGGCGCCUACGUCUUCGCGGCGCGCGGAGUGAAUGUGGCGACGGGCACGGUCCUUUGCGAGGCGCGCACUGCUGUCUUCGAGUUGAAUGAGCCGACCGCUACGCUGGAAUCGCUCGCGCCGCCAUUGAAGGACGACGCCACGGCUUCGGCCGUGAGGCCCCGCGCCGGACGCCGGAGCUCCGUCGUCCUCGACGUCGGCGCGAAACGGCUGUGGCUCUCCGAGCACGUGCGAUUCCACGGCAACGCUACGACGAUCCAUGAGGACUCCUCAGAGCUCAUCGAUCAGUUAGCUUUGAUGCUCCGCACGCAUCCGAACGUCGACAGUGUGCGGUUAGAAGGGCACACGAAUUCGAAGUGCGGUCUCGACUGCGUCGGCGGCGACCACAAGUGUUCGAACGGAGUUUGUCAAAAACACUUCGGCGGCGAAAAGGGUGGUGCCGUCGCAUUCUCGCUGGGCCGGGCCCAGGCCGUUGCUGACGCGCUCGUGGCGCGCGGCAUCGACCGCUCGCGCCUCAACUGCGUCGGUCUGGCCGGCUCGAGGAGAGUUGCCGACGACACCGAGGGCUCGGCGAACGCGUCGAACCGGCGCGUAGAAAUCCACUUGGCCGACGAAGAGCUCUGA